ACGUGUUAGUGUUGUGAUACCUUAACCUCUGAUUGUUCGGCAUUUAUUUCAAAUUGUUGAUUGAUGAAAAUAGAAAAAUCUAAUAAUGGAAGUGAGUCCUGAGGAUGUGACACUGCCAGGUGACCUAAUUAAAAUAACAACAGACAAUCCUAAACAAAAAAUCGUUCUUGGUCCUGGAUUGAGGAGAGAAGGAGACACAAUUUAUGCAUGUAAAGCGGGAAUUCUCAAAAAACGAUCUCCAUCGAUUUAUUAUGUGGAUAAUUAUCAAAGAAGAUAUAUUCCAACCAGAGGAGAAAACGUCGUGGGAAUAGUCACCCAGAAGGCUGGAGACAUCUUCAAAGUUGAUAUUGGUGCGUCUGAGCAAGCCUCCCUUUCGUACCUAGCCUUCGAAGGUGCUAGCAAACGAAAUCGACCAGACGUACAAAUCGGGGAUAUUGUAUUUGCCAAACUGCUAAUCGCCAGCAAAGAUAUGGAGUCAGAGCUCGUCUGUAUUGACUCACAUGGAAAAAGAGGAAAACUUGGUAUACUCGGGCCCAAGGGAAUGCUCAUCAAUUGCUCCCUCAAUCUCGUGAGAAAACUCCUCCACGAGAGCAGCCCCUUCUUCACAGCAUUCGGAAAGGAACAGCCUUAUGAGCUGGCCGUCGGAAUGAAUGGAAAAAUCUGGAUCAACUCGAGAACUGUCAGGGAAACUGUUGCACUUGCCAAUGGAAUUUUAGCUGCUGAAUUCACACCCAGUGAUAAGAUCCAGCAAUUGUGUCAGAGUAUUGCUCAAACAGUUCUUGAAACGAGUUGAAUAAAUUAUUGGGUCAAAUACAAAAUCUCUUUUAAGACGAUCAUUUAGAGUAUUACGAUUUCUUUAAUAUCAUUAAAAAUACACUGGCUGUAUACAACGUUACAUUAAUACAGUGUAAAUAGUAGGCUUACAAAUUAAUCACAUUCACAUGACCGAAUAAACAAUUCAGAAUUUUCACUAAUUGCUCAAUGAUUUUUCUCGUUUAAACUGCGUUGCUGUUUCACAACCUGAUUAUUGCUCUGAGCUUAUUCGUUUUAUGACACAUAACUGCACUGUUAUAUUUAUUGUGAUUCUGUGGAUUUUCUCAGCUUCUGAUAUGUGCCUACAUUAUUCGAGAAAAAAAUAAAAAUUUCAAUUAUUCGUAGCUGCAGAAGAAUGAGAUAAUAAACCUGUCAUCUCAUCUAUAAAAUAAAUCAAAGCGAGUGUGAAAACAAAAAUUAAAUAUUAAAUAACAAAAUAAAUUGGUCGAACCCCAGGUACACAUGGAUAUUACCCUCUCACUAAUGGAAAAUUUCGAAUGGAAUUAGUAAUUAAUCGAGUCAACUCUAGGCCUAUGCCAAACAACAAAUUAAAAGCAAUUUUUCUAAUGGAUUCAACAUUUAUAAAAAACGUAAAACGUCAAUUAAAAAAAUGAUGAAUUAUUCAUCAUUUCUGAUUGUACUCUAGACUAAAGAGUGGAUUUUCCUUGUUGUUUUUAGAUUGCUACAUUGAGAGAAUUAAUUUAUGGAAAUAAAAAAAAAAAA